CUGUGAGCUAAUUCAACUUUGUUUACUUUUUUGAGUUCAUGAUGCUUUAUUCUCUUUAUUAUUGGUCCUAUUUUGCGUUGUUUCUUUAUUUGUUGUUGUAGUUUUUUUCCCCCAUCUUUUAUCAUUUUUUUUUUCUUUUUCAUGAUCUACUAUCUUUUGAAUUUCCAUUCCCUUGAGAGGUUGCCAUCCUGGUUUAUAAUACUGUAAUGUCUCUUUUCACUGGCAUGUAGAUUUUUCUAGCACCUAGUUAGAACCUUGAUGAUCUUGCAAAUCUUCUUUCCAUAACUGUCAAUAUUCAUGUGGGCUUUUCACGCGCUUCUAUCUUUAGUUGUAUUGAUGUUAGCUUAUGACAUGCUUCUUUUUUAUGGCAUGUGUUUCUAUAAUACAUUUUGAUGCUUAAGCUAUCAUACACUACUAUUGCUACCAGAGUUAUCGUCUUUUUUUUUUUUUUUAAGAUGCCUUUUAUUCAGAAUAUCCUCUAGAAUAAAUGAUGUCAUAACUAGAAAAGGAUUGUCCUUGGAUGGGAAUUUUAGAGCAUGCAAAAACAAUGUUAUCUAUUACCACUAAGUUCUGGAUUCAUUAAAUUUGGAGAAAGUUAAGAUUCUCUAUUCACUUAGAAACGCUUAAUGUAGUGUGGUUCCUGUGAUGCAUAUUUGGCCUACAACUGGGAAUCCUCAUAAAAAUGCCUCUUGCUAGAGGACGUACGCCAUGUUAAUUUUAUUUAGGUUCCUAUAUCCUCAGAGCAAACAGAUUGGGAGUUCAUGCUUGCUUAUAAGUUUGAAGUCAUAGGAUCAUUUUAUCUGAAUGAGGGAGAUCCCAGGAUUCAGGGUUGUCUCAAGUCCCUUCCAAGGCCACUAAGAAUACUAUGAAGAGCGGAUGCCCAUCUAUCAGAUGGAAUUGCGAAAGUGAUGUGGUGUUUGCUGCAUACAUACCCAUCAGCCUGUGAUAACGUGUGCUGAAUAUUACAAAUUUUCGGUUUCAUAAUUUUGCAUGCCUUAUCUGCAGGUCGUAUGAGGAACACCCUAUAUUAUCUGCUAAUGGCAAAAUGUAGGGAUGCCUUAAAUGACUCUUACCAUAAAAGAUCAGGCAAAGCAGGCCUUCUUCUCUGAAGUGGAAAAGUUCCAUCGCCACUCAUUGAAAAUGAGGAACCCAUUUCAGAAUCUUGUUACUGGAGUCCCAAUCAAUAGUUCAGAAUCAUGCAGACUUGGAAGGCCAGUAAGAGGAUAUUUACCUAACCCUGCAAACCAGUGCCAUCUUUCUUCUUCAAAUGUUUGUUCCACAUUCAAGCAAAGUAAAGUGGAUUCAGUGUUUAAGAGAAUGAUGAGCAAAUUAGGGAAGAAAGCUGACAGUUUUGCAGAAGGUGUUCGAGAGCAUGUUAGAUUGGGGGCUAAUAUCAGUGAAACUGUGAAAGGGAAGUUUAGUUUAGGAGCUAAAAUUCUCCAAGUUGGUGGAGUGGAGAAAAUUUUCAGGCUGUUGUUUAGAGUUGAAGAAGAAGAAGAGAAACUGCAAAAGGUUUCUCAAUGUUACCUGUCAACUACAGCAGGUCCCAUUGCAGGCCUCUUGUUUAUCUCCACUUACAAGGUCGCGUUCUGCAGUGAGAGAUCAAUCAAGUUCUCUUCUGCAAGUGGAAAAUCAGUCAGAAUCCAUUACAAGGUUUUGAUCCCACUUGCAAAGGUUAAAAGAGUUGACAGAAGUGAGAACGUGAAGAAACCAUCCCAAAAAUACAUGGAAAUAGCUACUGUGGAUGGGUUUGAUUUCUGGUUUAUGGGUUUCUUUAAUUAUCAGAAGACUUUGAAAUGUCUUCAGCAGGCACUGGCAGUCUCCCUGAACACUGAUGAUUAGUUUAAAACACUAAUAAACUUUCCUCAAUUGCAUCCUAUUCUGUCAGGAGGCACAACAUUAGUGUAUAAAAAUUUUGUCCAGAACUGUUAAUUUUUUCCA